CAAAGCAGGGCACUUCUGAAAAACGAGGCAAUAUUAGUAAUUAUGCCAGGGCAGCAGACAUAAAUCAAAGCUGGCCCUCCACCCUUCCAGAACUGAGACGGCCCAGGAGUCUGGUUUCCCAUCAGGCCUCUUAUCUGAACGGGAAGCUCUGCGAGGGCAGAACUGCUGUGCCUAUAUAGAGCUGGCUUCUUUCUGGAGGGCUCAAAUCUACUUGGAGCAAUGCUCACAACAACACUGUGAGAUGAUCACGGCUAACUGAUUCAGCACUUAGGAAGCGCCAGGUAUUGUGCUGAGGACUUCACAUGCAUCACCUGAGUUAAUUCUCAACAAACCUUUAUGAGGUAGGCGAUGUAUUAUCUUCCACUGAGGAAACUAAAAUUUAAAUUGGUUAACUCCUUCAAGGCCACACAUUUUGGGUGGAGGAGCAGGGAUUGAAAUCAGAUGAGGAUCUGAACCCUCGUUCUCAAUUACUACUCAUACCAGUGCCUCCGUUUUUCUCGAGCGUCCGCCUGCCUGCCCCCACGCUGGCGUGCAGCCGGGACCAUGGACAUCUGAGAGGCUACUCAGCCGGGGUACCUACAGCCCCUGGCUCCACACAAGCGCCGGUCUGACAGCAGGUGGCAAGCUUGUCCUCUUCCCAAGCUAGCACUGGAAGAGCUGCUUGCUGGGGAGGCCGGAGAUGGGUGGAGCUACCACUCGGACGCCUGCAGGGCCCUACCGAAAAGAAUCCUGCAGGGAGCCGGAUGAGGAGCACCUCACAGCUGCCAGUUCCCUGCUAGGCUACCCGCUGUAGCUGGUUUGAGGGCUCAGUGAGGCUUUGAACUGCAACUAAUGGCCACAGAUGUCAAUGUUGGAAAGUCCCUACAAUGCAUUUAGUUGAUUUCCCAACUUUGCCAAAAGCCAUCUCUAUUACUUGCCCCCCAAGGCUAGUUUAAGCUGCUUCUACUCAAGAGCCUUUACAGCUUGGGUUCGAUGUGUAUGUAGCCCGGGCAUGGGGCAGGACUUCGUAACAUUUCAACACCACGCAGCAUACAGGCCCAGACAUGGAAAAAGACUGGCCGGAAGCGGCAGAGCCGCGCGGGUGCCAGUACCCAGGUCCCUGCUACGUCCGGAGCAUACGUCACCAGAACACCUCCCCUGGGCCGGCGGCAGAGCCCGAGACCCCAGCAGGUUCUAAGACAGCCCCACGCCCCCUAGUGCGCACGCUCAGUCCAACCCUGCCGCGCACCGCCCACCGCCCACCGCGAACAUCCGGCUCCUGCGUGUGUGCUCGAGGGAGAAACUGAGGCGGGGGCGUGCCAGUGAAUUCAUUCCUUCCUCAGUCCACCUGCAGGCCUACAAAGCUGUCUACCCCUCCUCAGCGCCACAAGGAACAGCAGGGACGGAUGGAAAGAAGGGGAGGGGGCCUAAAGCAAGCUGGGUGCGAGGAGCCAACCGACCCUGCCACACUCAAGAUGGCGGCGCGGCCGUGGCGAGGUCCCUCAGAGGCGGUACCAGCGCAUGCGCAGCGCCGAGUCCCGGCCCGGGACACAAGAUGGCGGCAGCGGCGCUGGGGAGGGCGAGGCGGAGGCGGCAAAACGGGCGGUCGAGCAGAACGUGUAGCCGCGUCCCCUCGAGUCCGCUCCGGGCAGCUGCUGAUGCAAGGAAUCCCCUGGGCCCCCGUCCACUCCACUGCUGAUCAGCCCAUCCGCCUGUGCUGAGUCUUCCUGCAGGCCUUUCCUUGCCUCUGUGGGACCCUGUGGGGGUCCAUCCGGCUGGAGAAGAAAAGCCUCUCAUGCUAGCGUUGCAGACCCCAGAGGGUCCUGUGUGGGUGCGGAGAUGGCCAAUGAGAAUCACGGCAGCCCCCGGGAGGAAGCGUCCCUGCUGAGUCACUCCCCGGGUACCUCCAAUCAGAGCCAGCCCUGUUCUCCAAAGCCAAUCCGCCUGGUUCAGGACCUCCCAGAGGAGCUGGUGCAUGCAGGCUGGGAGAAGUGCUGGAGCCGGAGGGAGAAUCGUCCCUACUACUUCAACCGAUUCACCAACCAGUCCCUGUGGGAGAUGCCCGUGCUGGGGCAGCAUGACGUGAUUUCGGACCCUUUGGGGCUGAAUGCGACCCCACUGCCCCAAGACUCAAGCUUGGUGGAAACCCCCCCGGCUGAGAACAAGCCCAGAAAGCGGCAGCUCUCGGAAGAGCAGCCAAGCGGCAAUGGUGUGAAGAAGCCCAAGAUUGAAAUCCCAGUGACACCCACAGGCCAGUCGGUGCCCAGCUCCCCCAGUAUCCCAGGAACCCCAGUGCUGAAGAUGUGGGGUACGUCCCCUGAAGAUAAACAGCAGGCAGCUCUCCUACGACCCACUGAGGUCUACUGGGACCUGGACAUCCAGACCAAUGCUGUCAUCAAGCACCGGGGGCCUUCAGAGGUGCUGCCCCCACACCCCGAAGUGGAGCUGCUCCGCUCUCAGCUCAUCCUGAAGCUUCGGCAGCACUACCGGGAGCUGUGCCAGCAGCGAGAGGGCAUCGAGCCUCCACGGGAGUCUUUCAACCGCUGGAUGCUGGAGCGCAAGGUGGUAGACAAAGGAUCUGACCCCCUGUUGCCCAGCAACUGUGAACCAGUCGUGUCACCUUCCAUGUUUCGUGAAAUCAUGAACGACAUUCCCAUCAGAUUAUCCCGAAUCAAGUUCCGGGAGGAAGCCAAGCGCCUGCUCUUUAAAUAUGCGGAGGCUGCCAGGCGGCUCAUCGAGUCCAGGAGUGCAUCCCCUGACAGUAGGAAGGUGGUCAAAUGGAAUGUGGAAGACACCUUUAGCUGGCUUCGGAAGGACCACUCAGCCUCCAAGGAGGACUACAUGGAUCGCCUGGAGCACCUGCGGAGGCAGUGUGGCCCCCACGUCUCGGCCGCAGCCAAGGACUCCGUGGAAGGCAUCUGCAGUAAGAUCUACCACAUCUCCCUGGAGUACGUCAAACGGAUCCGAGAGAAGCACCUUGCCAUCCUCAAGGAAAACAACAUCUCAGAGGAGGUGGAGGCCCCUGAGGUGGAGCCCCGCCUAGUGUACUGCUACCCAGUCCGGCUGGCUGUGUCUGCACCCCCCAUGCCCAGCGUGGAGAUGCACAUGGAGAACAACGUGGUCUGCAUCCGGUAUAAGGGAGAGAUGGUCAAGGUCAGCCGCAACUACUUCAGCAAGCUGUGGCUCCUUUACCGCUACAGCUGCAUUGAUGACUCUGCCUUUGAGAGGUUCCUGCCCCGGGUCUGGUGUCUUCUCCGACGGUACCAGAUGAUGUUUGGCGUGGGCCUCUACGAGGGGACUGGCCUGCAGGGAUCGCUGCCUGUGCACGUCUUUGAGGCCCUCCACCGACUCUUUGGCGUCAGCUUCGAGUGCUUCGCCUCACCCCUCAACUGCUACUUCCGCCAGUACUGUUCUGCCUUCCCCGACACAGACGGCUACUUUGGCUCCCGCGGGCCCUGCCUAGACUUUGCUCCACUGAGUGGUUCAUUUGAGGCCAACCCUCCCUUCUGCGAGGAGCUCAUGGAUGCCAUGGUCUCUCACUUUGAGAGACUGCUUGAGAGCUCACCGGAGCCCCUGUCCUUCAUCGUGUUCAUCCCUGAGUGGCGGGAACCCCCAACACCAGCGCUCACCCGCAUGGAGCAGAGCCGCUUCAAACGCCACCAGUUGAUCCUGCCUGCCUUUGAGCAUGAGUACCGCAGUGGCUCCCAGCACAUCUGCAAGAAGGAGGAAAUGCACUACAAGGCCGUCCACAACACGGCCGUGCUCUUCCUACAGAACGACCCUGGCUUUGCCAAGUGGGCGCCGACACCUGAACGGCUGCAGGAGCUGAGUGCUGCCUACCGGCAGUCAGGCCGCAGCCACAGCUCUGGUUCUUCCUCAUCGUCCUCCUCGGAGGCCAAGGACCGGGACUCGGGCCGUGAGCAGGGUCCUAGCCGCGAGCCUCACCCCACUUAACAUAUCCUGCGGGGAGGAGGAGCCCCAGGGGUGCUGGUCUGGACUGCUGGGACUCGGGCCCCUGGGGCCUGAGAGGGACCCCGGCUGCCACUGACAUAGGAAGAUUAUGGUUCUGCCAGGGCUCCCCUCCCUGCCUGUCCCUAACUCCUCACCUCAAACUCCCUCCAAGUCCCAUGUAUAUAGGUCCUGAUGCCUUCCCAACCCCACCCCUCACCCUAUUGCCACCUUGUUUCAUUUGUAAAAGGAAAUACAGAAACCCCCCCAA